CCAAACCAAUCCCAAAUCUCCCUCACCCAAAUUAAACACACUUUUCAUGCGACCAAGUCUUAUUUCGUCUUCUUCAUUCACCAGCUAACUUCUAUAUAAUUUGAUUCAUUCUCAUUUACUAUUUAUUUAUCAACAUCAUCAUCAUCUUCACAUGAUUCAGUGACACCACACCUCAGUGAGUAGUUUACUGCACAAUAACAAUAAUAAUAGCAUGGCAGGUAGCGGUAAGUUACGGCGGUGGAGAUUUUCGUUUCACAAAUCAUCAUCAUCAGAAAAGGCAAAAGCAAAACCUCCAGAUGAGUAUAUGUGUCCAAUUUCUAAUUCAUUGAUGUAUGAUCCUGUUGUUGUUUCAUCUGGUCAGACAUUUGAGCGAACUUCCAUUGAAGUUUGCCAAACCCUCAAUUUCAUCCCGGUUUUACCUGACGGAUCCAAACCUGAUUUUUCUAACCUCACCCCUAUACCUAACCAAGCUCUUAAAAAAGCUAUUACUAAUUGGUGCGCCUCCACUGGAUACCAAUUGCCCCUUUCCCCACCUGGUUUUACCUCCAUUGAGAAAUCUGUUAGGAAAUUAAUGAUUGGAAAAGAGGAAGAAAAAAGGUUUAGGGAUUCCGAACGAGAUUUGCUUAACGGAAUGGAUGAAAAGGCGAAACCGAAUUUAACACACGCGGUGACGGAGUUAAAUCCUCCUCGAUCUUAUUCAUCCAGUUCGGAAGAAUCGGUGCUGGCGAAUGUUCCAGACACGCCGCCGUUACCGUUUGUCACACGGCCGAUGUGUUAUUCGUCUGCGUCGACUGCUUCCGAGAUUUUUGAAGAAACCCUAGACCCUAAUCUUAACAACAACAACCUUAGUAAUUCGUCAGGAUCAGCGUCGUCGUCUUCGUCAGAUGAGUUACAUUUUAUAACAAAUCUUCAAAACGUCGACGUUUUUGAGAAAGAACAAGCUGUCAUUUCAUUGAGGAAAAAAACCAGGACGGAUGAAGGAGCUAGGGUUUCGCUGUGCACGCCGCGGCUGCUUUCCGUGCUACGACAGUGUAUGCUUUCUAAAUACGGCGGUGUGCAGACGAAUGCGGUGGCUGCGUUAGUUAACUUGUCGCUUGAGAAAACGAAUAAGUUGAAGAUCGUUAGGUCGGGUGUUGUUCCCCCGUUGAUUGAUGUGUUGAAAGCCGGAGUUGCAGAGUCUCAGGAACACGCGGCCGGCGCAUUGUUUAGUCUUGCUUUGGAGGAAGAGAACAAGAUGGCUCUUGGUGUUUUAGGCGCGUUGCAGCCGUUGCUUCACGCGAUGCAUUCGGAUAGUGAGCGGACUCGGAAUGACUCGGCUUUGGCGUUGUAUCAUCUGUCUUUGGUGCAGAGUAAUCGAGUUAAGCUUGUGAAGCUCGGUGCGGCUUCAAGUUUGUUAACAAUGAUGGAAACUAGUUUGGCAGGAAGGGUGUUAUUGGUGAUGUGUAAUUUAGCUGCUUCUAAUGAGGGUAAAUCGGCUUUGUUAGACUCGAAUGCGGUUGAGUGUUUGCUUCGGAAGUUAAGGAACGAAAAUGUGGAUUCGAACGAGUCAGUUAGGGAGAAUUGUGUGGCGUGCUUAUACGCGCUGAGUCUUGGAAGUAUGAGAUUCAAGGGGUUGGCUAGGGCUGCAAGAGCCACUGAGGUGCUUCGUAAGGUGGAGGAGAAUGGAAGCGAACGGGCAAGGGAGAAGGCGAAACGAAUGCUGGUGAUGCUGCGUGAACGAGACGAGAGCGAAGGAGGUUUGGAUUUCGAAUCUCUUUUGGAGGGUGGAGUUAGUCAAAGUCGGUAUGGAGGCAACUCAACUCAGUUUUAGUGGAUUGGUGCAGUAGCUUUUGCCAGUUCAAUUUUAUAUAGAUUAAUUUUGAGUUGUUCUUGGUUGUAUUGCAAUGUAAUUUUUGCUAGGAUCUGGAAGCAACAAAUUGUAAAUGAUAAUUUUUGUAACUCUUGGUGUUGUAGAUAUUUAUUAUGUAAAUGCUUAGUUUCUAGGUGAUUGAUAUGAAAACAAGAGCAACCUACAUGUCAUUCUGAGUUAUGUUAUGUUUUCAUGGGAUAUAUAUCAUAGUUUAAUCAA